UCCCAAGCUUCCUGGCUAACUAGCCUCCUCCCCAUCUUGAACUUCCUGCCCAGCGAUCAGACUUGUUCAUACUCUCAGGAUCUCGCAGGCCUCCACAGUCUGCUGAUGCUGUCUCUCAGGAAAGUGGACAACUUCCCCUUUGGAGGGAGAGGUGACAGGAGGCAGGAGAGAGGUCAGGGAUGGAGGCAGGUCCCCCUUCGGUGUUGAGAGGGGGCCCAGUUCUCACUCCCCAGUGGCCCUCACCUGUUUCUUCCGGCCCAGUGGCCUCUCCUUUCAUGUCCCCCAGCCUCCCCGCGCCGGGAACAAGCGUGGGGUCCCCCCCGCUGACUGUCGCGCCCGCCGCAGGUCCGGCUGCGCCCCCCGCGCCGCGCUUCCCGGACAUCUACGGCGGCGACGCGCAGCUCUGGGAGGCGCAUUUCCGCGGCAUCGGGCGCGCCUACCGCGCUUUGGGCAAAGAGGACGACUUCGCUAUCCGCGUGCUCACCGAGGACUUCACGCUGCCUUUCCCGUUCGCCUGGCCGCCAGGCCCGGACCCGGCCACCGGGCCUCUCUUCUACGACCCGCGGGACCGCGCCGGCUUCGACUUCCUGCUGCGCGGCCCCGGCGCGCCGCCCCCCGCGCUGCUGCGACCCCUGCACGCCACGGCGCAGGCGGCCGAGCGCAAGCGGCGCCUGGAGCGCCUGGCACUGAGCUACGCCGGCGCCGGCAGGCCACCCGGCUUGGUGCUGCUGGCGCCCGCCGCCGCCUUCCCUCCCGAAGCCGGCCGUCCCGCUUGGCGCGCCCUCCCCCGCGACAGCGAAUAAAAGCUUCUGCCUCUCCGGUCCCGGCUUCUGGCCUCGCCCUGCACCGUGCGCGCCAGGGAAGCCGGGGAGGG